UUUCUGUCGUAAUAAAGGAGACGCCGCGGCUGCGCCUUUUCCCUCGCGGUGGUAAUGCGUCGCCUUUUCGGCGCUGUCAGCGCCUUGCGCGUGUUCUUGAAAUAGCAGCGGCGAUCGAUCGAUCGGGCAUCGGCGGCAUUGGUGAAGCGCGGAAGAAUCCCUGGCGCGCCUGCAUUUCGCGUUCUCGCAUUGCUCGAUCCUCCGGUGAGAGAUUCUUGCGCGCGCGAUCGAUAUUAUGGCCGCGGUGGAGAAUGGCGGCGACGGCCGAUUGCACAGCGCGGUGUUUGGCGGAUGCGCGCCGUGUCGAUUGCCGUGGAGGAGCCGCGUGCCAGCGGAUCACUCCGGGAGCGUGCUCCAGCACUUGCGGCACCAGCAAGAUUGCAGCACCAGCAGCGAUUUCCCCAGCUCCAGAUCGGUGUCGGCCGUCGCCAAGGUCUUCUCGGUCCAGAGGAGUCGAUUGAAAUUCGAGUCUGGCAAGAAUCUCAUCUUUCUAUACGAGCCCGGUAAGCAAGUCGCGAGCGCCGUGAAAAUAAAGAAUGUGAGUCGAUCGCCUGUCGCAUUUAAGUUCCAGACGACAGCGCCCAAAAGCUGUUUCAUGUGCCCCCCAAAUGGCGUUAUCAUGCCCAACGAGACAAUCGUCGCUAAAGUUGUAAAAUAUGUCGAGGUUCCCGAGGGGCCGCAGCAACAGCCAAGGAAGCUCAAAGACAAAUUCCGGAUUGUUAGUCUCAAAGUGAAGGAGGGAGUGGAGUACACCCCAGAACUGUUCGACGAGCAAAAGGAUCUUGUGGCGGUGGAGAGAGUCUUGAGAGUGGUUUUCUUGGAUCCGCAAACAGCAUCACCGGCGGAGCUGGAGAAACAACAGAAGCGCUUGGCCGAGGCUGACGCUGCACAAGAGGCCCGAAAAAAGCCUCAAAAUGAUCGAUCUCAUAAAGGAGGUGCUGUACAGGGAUUUGUGAUUGAUGAAUGGAAGGAGCGCCGCGAAAAGUAUCUAGCUAAGCAGCAAGCCGAAGCUCAGGAUUCCUACUAAAACUUAAAGGUCUGAACAUCAACCUCUUCCUUUCGUCAAAGCCGAAUCGGUUGCUCAAGUUUGUAGCAGUAGUGGGCUUGAGAGAGUUUUGAGUCGACUUUUCCUUUACUACUGGGAGCAGCUUUGAAGCUAAGCCCAGAAGCAAUGCGUCAGAUCCCGAGAGGCGAGGAAACUGUGUCCAGCUAGCCUCUCAACAUCAUCUCCGCUUGCAAGUCAAUGGGUGGUGGUUACUAGUGUUGUUUUCUAUGGCCUGCUUAUCUGUUGAAAGAGAGAGAGGAGAGAGAGAGAGAGAGAGAGAGAGAGAGAGAGAAGGGGUCGUCUGGCUCCGCUAGUUGUCGCAGCAAACGAACGAACGUGGUCUCGAGAUAAAUCACAAAACAAUGGGGGUGCGGAUGUCCCUGUCGAAA